AUGGCUGGGGGAACGAGUAUUUGGGUGAGCAGUGAGGCCAGAACAGACCCUAAGGCGAUAUUCAACCUUCGCCUUCUUUACCUUUUGGUUGCCGUUUCCUGGGCCGGCUCCUUCUAUGGAUUCGAUACAGGAAAUAUCGGCGGAAUUCUCACGCUCCCGUCUUUCAAGAAUGCAUUUGGACUGAGUGGAGUGACUCAAUCUGAACUUGAUAACAGGAAGGGCACGAUCGCGAGUAUGCUCGCAGCAGGUGGAUCAGCUGGCUCUUUGCUCGCGGCACCAACAUCUGACUACUUUGGUCGGAAAUGGUCAGUCUUUAGCUGGGGUCUGGUAUUUCUAGUUGGCGCGCUCAUGCAGAUGGUGGCCAACUACAAUGUCCUCCUAGCCGGGCGGUUCAUCGCAGGUAUGGGCGUUGGCGCAUCGUCAAUGCUUACCCCUCAAUUCCUAGCGGAAAAUUCCCCAAAAUCUGUCAGAGGGUCCAUGACUGCCUCCUAUAAUUUGAUGAUUGUCACAUCUCUGAUGCUGGCAUUCUGGGUGAACUAUGGUGUCUCAAAGUGGUCUUUCCCGGGCGUGGAGCACGACAAUGCUCAGUGGCGUUCUGCAAUGGGUAUCCAGUUGAUCCCAGGGGCCCUCUUAUGUCUGAUGAUCCCAUUUGUGCCAGAGACUCCGCGUUGGUUGAUCAACCACGGAAAGGCAGAGAAGGGCCUAGAGAAUAUUUGCAGAUUGCGGAAGCUCCCUGUGGAUCACAUUUAUGUGCAGACCGAAUACCGUGAGAUCGAGGCACAGGUAAUACACGAGCAGGAAUGCUUUGCCGGGCAUAGCUACUGGGUGGUUCUGAAAGAUAUCUUCACGUCGCGAAACAAUUUCCAACGCUUCUUCCUAUCAGUGAUGCUAUUCCUAUUCCACAAGUUUACCGGAACAGACUCGUUGAACUAUUAUGCACCGGAGAUAUUUGCUUUGAUCGGAGUCAGGGGUAGCUCCUCCAGCUUGCUCACGACCGGAAUCUAUGGCGUUGUAAAGACAGUCACCACCAUCUUCUAUGUCGGUUACCUGGUUGACCGAGUCGGACGUCGUAUUCCACUACUGAUUGGAGCCACACUGCAAGCGACCGCAAUGCUCUAUCUGGCACUCUACCUACGAUUUGCAGGAACGAACACGGAGACAGUAGGUGGAACUCCUGCAGGAGGUAUUGUUGGCAUUAUCUGGAUCUACAUCUAUGCCUUUGGGUGGUCUUUUGGCCAUUCUGUCGCAUGCUAUGUGGUCGCCGCGGAGGCUUUCCCAACAAGAAUUCGUUCUUUCUGUAUGGCGAUUUGCUUCUUUAUCAACUGGAUUGUGGACUACGGUAUUACUCGAGCAACGCCAAACAUGAUCACUGAGAUGGGCUGGGGCGUGUUCCUACUGUAUGCCAUGCUGACCUACUUGGGGGUUAUCUUCAUUUUUUUCUGCUUGCCUGAGAUGAAAGGUCGAUCAAUUGAAAGUAUGGAUAAUUUGUUUGAGCGACCGCUGUGGACAAUGUGGCGGCAUGCCUAUCCCACGGAGGAAGAGAAGAUCCGCUCAGAUGUUCGACAAGAUAUCAUGGCUGGCAAACUGGAUGAUCAGGAAGAUGAUAGCAAGAGGAACCGCGUGGAACAUGUUGAGGCAGUGUGA